AUGAAGCAGCUCGCCACUUCCCUCGUACUGAUUGCACCGGUCUAUGCUGGUCUUCGAUUCCCAUGCUCAACAUUGACGAUUCAACGUCUCGAUCCUGUCGUCCAGCCAGGCGAGUUGCCAUCAACUCAUCUUCACCACAUUGUUGGUGGAAAUGCCUUCAACGCUACCAUGACGGGCGACAUCGGUGCGAGCCCAAAAGCUACCUGCACGACAUGUCAGAUGUCAGAAGACUUCUCCAACUACUGGACUGCUCACCUCUUCUUCAAGAGCCCCACCAAUGGCUCCUAUCAUCGCGUUCCAGUCGUGCCUGUGCAGCCACUCCUUGGGGGCUCUGAUGGUGCCCAAGGUGGUUUGACUGUGUAUUAUACUCAGUUUGAUUUGUCGAGGGAUAAUCUCAACCAACAGAAGAUUACUGCUUUCAAGCCAGGUUUUCGCAUGACAGUUGGAAACCCAACUACUUCCGGCAAGCCUCAAGUUGGUCUUCGCUACCAGUGUCUCACCAAGAGCGGAGGUCGUGGAGCAGAGAUGGCCGACUUCCCAUCAAAGCCUUGCGACGGUGGCAUCUUCACCACGCACCAUUUCCCAGCCUGCUGGGAUGGCAAGAACCUCGACAGUCCUGACCAUCAAUCGCACAUGUUCAACACCAUCAAAUCGGACGGCUUCAUCAGCGCCCCCAAAUGCCCAGCCUCUCAUCCAGUCCGCAUGCCUCAAGUCACUUACGAGACUACAUGGGACACUACCAAGUUCAACAGUCUUUGGAAAACAGGCGACCCGAACCCAUUCAUAUGGAGCUUCGAGGGCACCGCUGGCGGAACCCAUGCUGAUUACAUGUUUGGGUGGAAGGGAGACUCUUUGCAGAGGGCUAUGGAUAAGUCAGAAUGUUUCUAUGAUGGAUGUGGUUCCAUUACGAAACAGCCUAUGGCGACGGCAAAUAAGUGCAAGAUUCCGACGACAGUAAAUGAGGAUACCGAAGGAUGGCUCAAGGCACUACCGGGUAUGGCACACUGA